AUCACAUUUUUUCUUGUGGCCGUGUUGUCAGACCACAACUCAGAAGUUUAACCCCAGUGGAGAAAGGAAAACCACCUGAGAAAGUAAGGUAAUGUCAGAUUUGUAUUGAUCUAUGCUGUUCCAGUUUGUAGUAACACUAAUAUCAAAAGAGAACAUUGUUGUGGUAAUCAUACGUAUAAUCAUUGCUUACUAAGUUGUAACUUGAGACAUCGGCCCGACUUCUUAAGCUCAGGCUGUGAUGUGAACCUAAGUUUCUUUUGAUUCAACUCAGACAAAAGAAAUGAGCAAAGUAGACCAGACAGUGCAGGGAGGUGACAGACUGAAGUUAAAACAGUGUUGUUCCUGCUUAUUUUAAGUCUUCAGAACUGCUUCUGUUUUUUGUUUUAAAUGAGAAGUACAUACGUCUCAACUGACGGCAUUAAUAUCAUAAUAUUUCCUUAUUUGGCAUUUUGACACAGAUGAUCAAAAGCAUCUACAAAAAUCAUGUCAUGUUUCAUUCAUCAGAAUAUUCUGUAUGGAAACUCUCCUGUUUUUUUGUUCUUUAUUUGAUUUUUUUUAUUAGUUGCAAUAGGUUGUAAAGUCAGUUUUUAAACUGAUGAUAACUUGUCAUGUUCAGUACAUUACUAAAUUUGCUGCCAAAGGUUUUGCUCAGGUUUUAUAACAAGAGCAAGUCCUUUUGUGAAAAAGAAAAAAACGGGGAAUUAGUUGAGUUGACAUUAUAAUAAAAUAAUAAUACAUUUUAUUUAAAAGCGCCUUUCUGAACACUCAAGGACUCUGUACAGGGCAUAAAAACACAGUUAGAGACAUAAUUAAAAUAAAUAAAAACAACAUACAAGUGUGAAAGUGGACAGUUAGAGUGAAUAUGCGAUUUGGAAUAGUAGUGUUUUGAGUUUGGAUUUAAAGUGGGGUAGUGAGUCCAUGUUUCUGAGGUCCGGGGGGAGAGAGUUCCAGAGUUUGGGGGCAGAGCGACUGAAAGCCCUGCUCCCCAUGGUGCUGAGCCGGGCAGAGGGCACAGAGAGGUGGAGGGAGGAGGAGGAUCUGAGGGAGCGUGAGGGGGUGGCGAUGUGGAGGAGAUCGGAGAGGUAGGGGGGGGGCAAGGUUGUGGAUGGCCUUGAAAGUGUACAGAAGGAUUUUGUAGUUGAUUCUGGACCUGACGGGGAGCCAGUGAAGCUGCUGAAGGACAGGGGUGAUGUGGUGAAAGGAGGGGGUUCUGUUGAUGAUGCGGGCUGCAGAGUUUUGGACAAGUUGAAGUUUAUGGAGGGAUUUGUGAGGGGCACCGAGGAGGAGUGAGUUGCAGUAGUCUAUGCGUGAGGUAACAAGGCUGUGGACCAGGAUAGCGAUGGUGUGAGGAGUGAGUGACGGACAGAGAUGGUUGAUGUUUCGUAGAUGGAAAUAUGCAGACCGGGUGAUGUGACUGAUGUGAGAUUAUAACCUCUGCACAAUCUACAGACUGAUUGUAAACUGCAAAACUUAUUGUGUCCAAAUGUACUUAAACCUAUGGCUUUCUGUGUGCAAAUGUUUUAACCAACUUCUAUGACAGAUUGUAUUAGUUCAACUGUAUGGGUAUAACAGUUUAUUUAUUGAAACUUUAAAAGAGAUCUUUGAUCUCAGCGGGAAUAACUUGGCUUAAUAAAGGUUAGUAAAAGAGUAAAUAAGUAAAAGAAUUAAUAGUUAAAAUUUGUUUGUUUAUGUUUUUCUUUUCUUUGGUUUCCUAAAAAUGAUCUGUGACAGUUUUUAAACUAUAGCUGUCUGAGUGAUGCUUGGUAGUGUAUAACUGUAUGUUUGCUGAACAGUAAGCUAAAGUUAUACCCAUACUGGAUAUCAUUAUUUAAACUUUAUUGGUGCAUAGGUGAAAAUCAUUUCAACUUAGAACUUUCACCUUGACUUCAGUGACAUUUUCAGUCUGGGUGGUGCUAAGGAGUGACUCAGAAGGCAGCAGUCAUUCUGAAAUAAAGGGAUAAAUUCAUUGAUCAAAAAUGUGUUCAAGUAACAAAAAAUAAACCAAAAAACCCUGAUGAAUUGAUAUAAAUCAAAUGACUUUGACUUGACAGAAAAAAAAACACAUAUGUCCAACAAUGGCCAGCUUUACCAAGAAGUAAAGUAAUCCUCAAAGAGUUAUGACAUUUGAUCGUACAGAGAGAGCAGCAUCAGCCCUGAAUGACCUGGACAAUGGCAGCAAAGGCUCUUUGAGCUUUAUCAUGUCAUGUAGCAACUCAUAAUGUUAUAAUGUCUCAUAAUGUAAUAAACUAAAUGUCAUAAAAGUUCAUCAUGUAAUAAUCAGCCCAUAAUGUAAAAAAAAUAAUGAGCCCAUAACAUAAUAAAAUCUUUGUACAUAAUGUAAUAAUUUAACAAUUUAUAACAUUAUGAGUCGAGUAUUACAUUAUGAGCCAUUAUGUGUUCAUGAUUUUAUUACAAUAUGUGCCUAUUAUUACAUUAACAAUUUUUAUUACAUUGAAGUUAUUACAUUAUAAACUGUUGUUACAUUUUGAGUUGCAGCAUGUCAGCUAUUAAGAAAAGGGUCUGAUGGCAAAUAUAAAGAUAAAUGUUGAUGUCUGUCACAGUUUACAUUCAUCUCUUUUGAUAUUUAAGUUUUAAGCCCCACGUAGUUUUCUUUUUGCAGAUAUGCAUUUAAAAUAUUAACAUAAUAAUAUUCACCCCCUGUACCUUAGCUUUAUUCUGUCAUGGGUUGUUCAUAGUGGGAAGGCAAGUGAAGUUUCCCAUGAAGUGACUUUCCACGUUUGGGUAAUUCAAAGUGCUUCACACAGACAAAUUAAAAUACAUUUCCAAAAAUUAGAAUACAAAAUAUAAUCAUGACAAACCUCCGAGAUUUAUCCUGCACUGUACCUGUUUCACUCAAGAACUCUACACUAACCAACUCGACACAGGUGUAGCUGUAUCUCUCUACUGCAAAGGGACAUUGGGGCAUGUGUUAAGACAUGACAAAAACAUGAGACUUUUUAAAAAUAUAAAUAACCCCUGUGAUGUUUUUGUUCAUGCCAUUAGAGCAUAAAAUUUGUCAUGGUGUAAUAUAUAUUCCGGUGGUUACAUAAUUCAUAUGUUGAAAUGUUCCUCAUUUGGGAGUUACUGGACAUUGUUAGACCUAUACUGAAGCUGCACAAAAGAAAUAACCUCCAUCCUCUCAUAGCUUUCAGGAUGUCCUCACCCUCACACUCAGCUGCACACUCAGUCCCGCCCCACACCCUGACCCGGCUGGCACGAGAGUGGUUGGCAGAGGACACACCAAACUUUGACCCUGCAGGAGUAUGUGUGGGGUCACAGGAGGUGGAGGCCAGGUUGCUGUGUAAAACACCACAUAGUGUCUUGGCAGGAAGCCCCUUCUUCACAGCCGUGUUCAAUGAGGUGGGCUGUACCGUGGACUGGCUUUACAAAGACGGAGCUGAGAUUGGUAGGCAUUACACUUAAUAGAUCCACAGUGUCAACUAAAACAUAAACAUUAUAGUUAACCUCUGUUUGACCACCAGGAUGCGCUGGUUUGAAUACAAAGGGCAAGAAAAUAAAUGAUUUUUACUGUGCACAAAAAAAAGUAUUAAUAGAUGUUUUUCAUUGUCUUCAAUAAAGGAUCAUGCUCAUAAAUUCCUGUGGUAAUACUUAUCAUGCAUUUUAGGAGCUUUUUAUCCACCGAGGCUGCCAUCACUUCUCUGACAGGAAGGGUGAGCAAGAGGCAUUUCAAUCUUGGGUUUAAACACUAGAUAUGGUUAAAUUGAUUGAUUUCUACCCAGUAUCCCUUUAAAAAAGGACAAAUCAUGACUAUAGUUAAAAGCUGUAAAAAAAAAUAAAAUUAGAUAAAAAGUAUAUGUGAAAUAAGAGUUGAAAAGUAUGUAAAGGUCUUAACAGACUUUCUAGUAUUUUAGUAACAUUAUUAACUCCAAACGAUACGUGGGAGCUAUGAAUAAGUUGUGGAAGUGUAUUUUGUGGAUUUCAUCAAAGAAGGUCAGUCAGCUGGGUCACUGUAUUUUUCUGAACUGCUAUAUUUCUUCAUUACCGUGGUAACUUUAAUCUUGAAUUUCAUUCAGUAAGUCUCAACCAGUCUUUUUACUGUUGUGCUAAUUCACAACAAAUGUUAUGUUGUUGUGCUUCACAAAAGACUCUUUGUUUCACUUUUCGCUAAGAUCCAAACUCCUUCUGACCAGAUAAGAUUCACUCUGAUCUCAUCUUAAUCUACCCUGAGCAUAACAUUUUGCAGUGUGUAGCAAGUUACAGUGGCAAAGAUGUAUUUCCUUUAUUCCAGCAGAAACCUUGUACUAAACCAGACUCUCAUGUUAGGCAGAGAGAGAGGGGUAUGCUGAGAGACAGAGAGAGAGAGAGAGAGAGAGAGAGAGAGAGAGAGAGAGAGAGAGAGAGAGAGAGAGAGAGAGAGAGAGAGAGAGAAAGAGAACACAACAGCUCAUACAGACAAAUGGUGGCAGUUCCAAAAACAAAGGAACAAGCAUUUGCUCAAUCUCAGUUAAAUUUAAGGAGGUUAAAGCCAGCAUACCAUUGUGGCAAAUCAUUAAUAGCAUUUGUAAUGAUGACUUCUAAGUUAACUCAAACCUGAACCAGCCUUGAAGUUUCAUUUGGGAGCUUUAGGUUUGUAUAAAUUUUGGCACCUUAUGGACAAAGCAGUCUUGGUUUGUCUUGUCCUCUAUAUGCUUAAGUGGUAUCUUCUGACAAAAAUCUUAUCCUGAUGACUUUUGACACUCAAAUGAAUUGUAUACUGUAAAUAUUGUAUGUGCAAAUUAUAAAAACAGGGCUGUUUUUUUUUCUGCUUGCCUGACACCUACUCCCCUUGCGUCAGUAUUUGACAUAAAAAGUUACAAUACAAAUUUUUAAACUUUAUCACUGUACUCUUGAUUGCUUUUGUGUAUCAUACAAAGACAUAAAGAUGAAUUUCAGUAUAUUUCACAUACGUGAUAAACUCCUCACAUGAGCUUUAACUGUGAGCUUUAUUAGAAAGAAAGUUUUGAGUCUACUCUUAAGGUAGAAAGGCUGUCUUUCUCUGAGACUCUGACUGGUAGUUGAUUCCAAAGGAGAGGUGCCUGAUAUCCAAAGGCUCUAACUCAUAAAUUACUCUUACAGAUUCAAAGUAGGAUGAGCAGCCCUACUAUUUCUGCAUUUUAAUAUGAAUUGAUCAUCUUUACAUUGAUAAAGAGUAAAAUGUUCAGAUUUUAGAGGUACACAUAAAUUAGCCUGACCUAAGUCUCUGCUCCAUGUACCCACACCAUAAGGGUUUUCAGGCUAACAUUGUUGACCUUUAAUGAUUUAUAUGGAGUUUUUUCAUAUGACCUUCUGUAAAAUUAUGAAUAAACAAACAUUGGUAUUUUAACAUAUGUGGAGCUCAUUAAAAUAAAUUAGAAAAUGUCAUAAUCAAUCAUUUAUUUUUCAAAAAUAAAUGGUCACUAUCAGUUUGGUUCUGUUUGGUUUUCACUUCCAUUUGAUUUCUGUUCCUCACCUCCACAGGUCCAGAUGCCAUCACCCUGACUGCUGUGGUGAGAGGCCCAGCGAGGUGCCUCCUCCUGGGGGAAAGACCUGCUCUUAACUGCUUGGCACGGGCCUCAGGAAUAGCCACUCGCUGCUCUAAGCUCCGGGCGAUGGCGACAAAGGCAGGUUGGCAUGGAGAAGUGGCUGGCACACGAAAGACCACCCCGGGCUUCCGUCUGGUGGAGAAGUACGCUAUGCUGGUUGGCAGUGCGUCCAUGCACAGACAGGACCUGAGUGGAAUGGUGAUGCUGAAGGACAACCAUGUUUGGGCAUCAGGGAGUAUCACACAGGUGAGAGGACAAAAGAGCUGACAAAUCAUGUGGCGUCAAGGUUCAUUGAAAAUGUGCAGAAACAUCACUUUCAUCUGUUUAAUUCUGAAACAAGUGACUCUUUUACAUAUAUUUUUAUUUAUAAUUUCUUUUAUAAUCAAAUGCCACUCUGCAAAAACUCACUGGGUUUAAUUUCUUUUUUAGCAGGUAAAACACUUUGUUCCAGGAAACUUGACAAGCAUUUUCACUGAUUACAAUCAAUUAAAUUCUUAUUUUUGGUGUAUAAUAUAUUGAAAUAAGAGUUGUACUUGGAUUUGCCAGGUCAGUGUGAUUUCUAUUUAGUUUAGGGAGGGAUUUUGAUUUGAAAUUUGAGAUCUUUUUCUAGUAAUCAUGAGGCUCCCUACAAAAAAGUUGCUUUAUUUCGUCCACUUAAGAAAUAUCUUACCUGUCUUGGGUCUCUUGGGUUGUUAAAAGAUUGUGAAGUAUUCAUAGAUUUAUGAACUAUUGGACAGAUUAAGUAAAAAAGUUAUCAAAACUGUUUUUUUUCUCUUUCCUUCACUGUCUAUAUCAUUACACUGCAAAAACUCAGAUCUUAGUGAGUGUAUUUCUCUAAUUUCUAGAAAAAAAGUCUCAUUGGUCUUAAAAUGACAAAUCCACAUUACUUUAUUAUUUCAAGCUACAAGCAAAAAGUAAUGCCUAAAUUUCUAGUAAUUAUAAAAACAUCUGCCAGUUCAGUCAGCGAGCUUGUUCAAAUUCCUAAAUUAAGAGAUCAUUCUGAUCACAAGAAAUGUAUCACGUAAAUUUUGUUUGUCACUUGGUUACCAGAAUGUGGUAUGUAUUAAGUCUUACGAGAUACUGCUGACUGAACCACAACAACCACACUUACUAUGGUUUGAGGGUUUUGCAAUGCAACACCCACAUUGUUUAGGUCGUCACAGGUGAAACUUACAAUCACAGGGUUGGUGCACCAUUAAUCAUAACCACCUUAACCUUGUUAUACAACAAAUGGAUCUACAAUAAAAAUACUAUCGCACAGUAGUAUUUUCUCAGUUUCUCACAGUAAUAAGAACAUUUUUAUUCCUAUAAAUGUAGUAUUAGGGCCAAUCCUUUUCUUACAACAAUAAAGUUGAAGUAAGUUAUUACAUUAUGAAAAUAGAGUUGUUAUUUUAGUCAAUAAUUAGCUACAUAAUGUUUUAAUACCUCAGCUUUUUGUAAAAUCUGUACAGUGAAUCCUGAUAUUUACAACAAUCUGGUGCAAAGAAACAUCACAGACAAUUUCACCUUGAUAGGGGCAGCUGGCUACUCGCUGUAAACCAAAACGACAACUUUAGUUUUAUGGCAAAAUGACUUAAUUUUAUGACAUUAUUAUUUUAUUACAACAUCAUCUCAAAACAAUAUGACUUCAGUACCUUUUGACAAUUGAAUUUAUUAUUUAUUGUGGACAUUGUAUGUGAAAAAUCUAAGACAAGAUAAGAAAAGAAAAACUUUUCUGAUCCCCAUCGGGAAAUUCAAUGUCUCUCUUGCACAGAUUUCAGGCACUAAAAAAUACAAAUUACAAUCCAUGAAUCUUGUUCCUGAUGUUGUUUUUUUGCUUUUAUUUAACAUAAAAAUGCAUUAAUAUGAAUUUCAGGCUAUUUCAUGAAUGCUGAAAAUCUUCUCACAGGAGCUUUAAAUAAACCUUAUCUAGCUCUCUAUUAAAUAUAUCAUUCAGCAAAAUAUAUAAUAAUGAUCAGUCCUCAUUAUUAUAUGGCUAUCUUUAAUGUUUGCAGCAACUACUGGGGGUGGCUGUCAAAAGAGGGAUAAACGCUUUUUUAUAUUUUAAAAUACUUUUGCUGAAUGUCAUAUGUUACCUUUGUAGGCAUUAGUGUUAAUUUCAGUUUCAGUACAAAGUUUCAUAAACAAUCUAUUCUGUGUUGCCUUUCUUUGUUUCCAAAUUACCCCACAGUAUAAGGAAUAGUCACAGACUUCACCAAAAAGAAGCAAUUAGUAUUCGGCUUUGUUGUAUUUAUCACCCAUUCUCAUACUAUAAUAUUUCUCUCUUUUGUAUUUACUAUUUCAGAGUUGAACACUUUGAAUUAAUUCAGGAGAAAUCAAAGAUCACAUAUUCUUCUCCUGUGCAGUACAUUUAUAACUUUUUUUUCCUCUGUAGGUUAGAUUAGAUUAGAUUAGAUUAGAUUUUCCUUUAUUCAUUCCUCAGUACGGAAAUUAAAAUUGUAGACGGCAGCAGUACACACAACAUACACUUUCACACAUACAAAUAGACAAACAACAGAGGCAGGAGCUUUGAGAAGACAUUUUUAGAGGCUGUCAUUGCUUCCUGUGAACUCAGCACUUAUCAACAACCCUGUUUGUGGUCCAGGCAGUAAAAGCAGCACGUUCGGUGUGUGGCUUCAGCUCUAAGAUCGAGGUGGAGUGUUGCUCUGAAGACGAGGGCAGAGAGGCAGCUGGAGCUGGAGCGGACAUUGUUAUGCUGGACAACUUUGAGCCUCAGGUAGAGAAUAUUGAACAAGCACAAUGCAUAUAAUUUCUUAUUUGUAUUGCUUUAAAUCCACUCUCUACAGGAAGUAAUCUGUAACCAUCACUAUUGCACACAGGAGCUUCAUGUCGCAGCGCAAGCACUGAAGGUGGAGUUCCCAGCUUUACAAAUCGAAGCAAGUGGAGGCGUGACUCCAGAAAACUUGGCUUUGUAUUUCUCCCCCCAUGUGGAUGUCAUUUCCCUCGGCUGUAUAACACAAGGAUGCCCAGUUGUGGACUUUUCUCUUAAAGUUAAAAAGCCUGUUUUCCACUUGAGCCCCCAAGAAUGAUGAGCACCUUGAAUACCAGGAAGUCCCACACUGUGCUUAAAAAAAAGGAUGUUGACCUUUUCAUAAGGACAACUAAGUAACAGGACUCAACUGUUGCUAAAGAUUGAGUAAUAUUUUGCACCCUGUCAUCAGUAGUUUGAUAAGGAUCAAGGGAGAAUAGAAACUAGACUAAAGGUGCUUUUCUUUCCCUGCAAUGCAGGCCAAAUGACUGUCAUGUGUUUCCUGGAAAAAAUGACAAAGAGGAACAGUAGUCACAAGUAGUUUGAACAACAAUUUAACACCAAAGUUGUGCCUUAUAAUUCAUCUUCAGAUUUGUUAAUAUGAAAGUUAAAUGAUGAAGUAGUGCAGACAUAAUAGUGUCAGAGUGUAAUCACAUUGUUUUAAAGGGAGAGGUGUUUCUAAUAGUCAACAGGUCAUAUUUACAGUGAGUUAUGUUAAUGAUAAAGAAGUGUCCAUUAACAGAAAUGAAAAGUGAAAAGGAGGCAGGAGAGCAUAACCCAAGAAGCUGAGCAUAUGCCAGCAAAUAAAAUGACUACAUUGUAGAUGUGAUAUAAUGUGACUAUUUGUCAUGACGGUUAAGUUUCCUUUUAUUUCUGUGUAUUUAUGUUAAGUUUUCCUUUAUUUUUGCACAUUCAUGUUUCAUAUCCUGUCUUCCCACUUUUAUUUUGAAGUCACUAACCCUCCUGAUUGUGUCUGACCAUCUGUUUCCCGUCACCCUCAUUACCUCUUGUAUUUAACCUCAUGUUCCUCAUUGUCUCGUUGCCAGUUUGUCGCACUUCGCAGGCUUCGUUCCAGCGUACAUUCAUAUUCAUAUUCAUAGUCAUGGUCACGUCAUGUUUAGAUCUUUGCCUGCUUUUUGACAUUGUCUUUAAACCUUUUUAGAUACCUCUGCCUGCCCUGACUGCCUUACCGUGUACUGACCUCUGCUUGCUUCAUUAAACCAUUCCCUUAAUUUGACCUUCUGGUGUAGAGUUUGCAUUUGCUACCUCAAUUUAGUAAAGAUUUUCAGAAAAAUAUCUGCAUAGUAUGGAGAUUGAAAAGAAGCUGAUCGCUAACAGUGAAUGCAUAUAAUUUCAAUUCAGUACUUAAAGAAACAGAAACUAGAAAUGAAUAAAAUUAUGAGAGAUCCAGUUUUUGUAAAACACGAUCAACGCCGUUAUAAAGCCAACUGCAAGAUUCAAAUCAGAGCUAACAGCUCACAGUAGUUAACAGAUUCAAAUUUAUGACACAGAGUAGAGAAACUCUAACUGGUUUUAUAAUGUGGUUAAAGGUAAAUACUUGCAUCAUAUUCUUUUUAUUCAAUUUAAGAGAUUCUCACUGAGUGGAAAUGUAUGCUUAUGAGAUUGUGAUAAAAGCUAACUGAUCACAGUUCACUCGAUUCAAAUUCUGUCAUCUGGGAUGAGAAAGAAAGAAAAGUUAUGAUUUCACACCUUAACCACGAGUUUUACAUGAAACUAGCCAGCAGUGCAGUCACCUGACUUUUUUCAGAUCAUAUAAGUAAAACUAACAGUAUGUUGACAGUUUGUUAAUUGGAUUGCAGUCUUCUGUUAUUUUAGUACUUACAGAACUUCACACAAACUCAAUUUUAGGAAGUAAGUUUUUUGUGCGAGUUUCACACAAGUUCCUCAUGAGUUUCUCACUUUGAAAUCAAUACCCUCCUGUCUGUUUUCUCUGCUUACAGAUACAAUUACUUUAUCUAGGCAAAGCUUUAAACAGAAUUUACUGAAGCCUUGUUUCAUACAAAGCAGACAAUACAAGAAAUACAAUACAGCAUAUUGAUAAUCUAAUAUGUAUUGUUCUGAUGUUGAUCUUUACCUCCUUGUUUUGACUCAUCUGACAGAGUUACCACCACAAAGUUGAGAGCUUUGAACUGUAUGUGACUGUAAUUUUGGACUUGUGCUUAAAAAACAUUAAGCUCAGUCUAAAAGUGGGCUGGAAAUAACCCCAGCGUAGAUUACAGAAGGCAGAACUUUAUUGAUGCUUCAGCCAAAUUAAAAAUGAUGACACAGUUUUUGUCCUCAAGACCCAAAU